AUGUCCUCCGAACCACGACCAAACUCCGCCGUCCGCAACCUCCGAUCAAUAUUUGAGAACAGAGCGUCCGAGAACUCCCCAAGCGCACGAGGCCGAUCGCCAGCUGGCCUGGGGGAUCUGGACACGGAUCGACCAACAUCAAAAGUCAGAGCCAGCUUCAUACCUGUGGAACCGGCCAAAAUGUCUUCCCAACCCGCCGAACGGCCUGAUUCGGAAGUAAAGAGGGAGAGCAAUGCGGGACUGCGGCGAUCUAGCAUGAGUGAAGGUCACAGUGGUGAUGCCUACAAUGUCAUCAAGGAAUUGGUCAAUACGGAGCAGGACAGACGCGACAACGAAUCGAGCGUGGCCGACACGAUUCCAGAGAUGGCAGUCGAAUCCGCUGGUCCAACUCCUGCGCGGGAAGUCAACAACACCUUGACCGAUGCGGCGACGGGCGGUGUGCAAGCUCCUGUAGGGACAGAGAGCAAGGAAGCCGAGAAUCCAGAUAAACAUGUGACGGGCGCGGAAGAAGAGCCGGCAGAGUUGAAGCCAGCAGACCCUGUGAGCGAAUCUGCUGUGAGCGGUGGAGAUGCUUUGCCUCCUGUCGCAGAGGAUCUGAGGAAGACCACUACUGCGGCGAAGCCGGCUUCGAUUUCCACCAAGACCGCGAAACCUGCGAGCGCGAUCAAGUCCCCUACCAACCCUGUGAAGUCGCGUCUCUCGCCUGCACCAUCCAAGGCUCCGUCUCAAAGAGUUCCGACCAAGAAACCAAGCCGCACCUCCUUGACCGCUCCAACUGCCGCCUCUGUGGCGCGCGCUGCUGUUGCUAACGACAAGGGCGCAUCUGCCACCGCCGGCGCUACAAAGCCUAAGCCCAGAGAUGUGACGAAGCCUGCAGACAUAUCAUCGCGCUUGACCGCUCCCACUGCAGCCUCACGCGCGAGGCUGGAAUCGAACUCUGCAAGCUCCAGCAAUGCGAAGCCCACACCAUCUAGCACAGCUACAUCUAGACCAAAGCCGAGCGCAUCAGCUCGCCCUACACCUCGCUCAUCACUCGCUGGUCGUCCCGAAUCGCGCGGAUCUCAGGCCCCCAAGAAAUCUGCGCCUGUCGAUGGCAGCUUCCUGGAGCGGAUGACAAGACCGACUGCUGCGUCAGCCAACAAGACUCAUGAGAAGCCGGAGGUCAAGAGUCCACCAAGGAAACAGAUACCAUUGCGUCCGAAGACCAACGGACAACCCAAGGCGAAAGCCACCAAUGACAACGCCCACACCGUAGAAGCCGUACCUGAGCAAGGUGCGUGACUGUUUACUGGAGAAAAGUUGCAAACGAAUGCUGAUAUGUCCGCAGAAUCUUCGGUGGUAACACAGCACGAGAGCAAAGAUACCACCGUCGAACCUGUUGAGCCCGUCGAACAAGUAAGCGGCGCCGCGUCGGCAGACGCAGGCAAUGAGACCCCUCUGGCGCAUAUCAACGGCCAGAAAGACCCCGCGACCUUGGAGACGACCCCCGCUGCCGUUAGCGGCGAGAACGCCAUUCGGUGA